UCGUGGCUCCCGUCGUCUAAGAAUCACUGGUGCUGAACGGAAAUGAAAAAUUCACAAGAAAGAGAGGAUAUAAGGAGGAUCAGGGUUUUGGGGUCACAUUUGGGUGCCAUUUCAAUGGCUUCUUCUGAGAUAGAAGCAGCUCUAGCUGCAACUCCCGAUGAUGCUCCGACUAUAUUUGACAAAAUAUUGAAGAAGGAGAUACCAAGUACAGCGGUUUACGAGGAUGACAAGGUUUAUGCAUUUAGGGACGUUUCCCCACAGGCUCCGACACAUAUUUUGAUCAUCCCUAAAGUGAAGGACGGAUUGCUUGGCCUUUCGAAGGCAGAAGUGAGGCACAUUGAAAUUCUCGGACACCUCUUGUACACCGCCAAAGUCAUUGCUAAACAAGAAGGACUUGACGAUGGCUUCAGGAUAGUCAUCAAUGAUGGGCCAGCUGGAUGUCAAUCUGUGUAUCAUUUGCACAUUCAUCUUCUUGGGGGAAGGCAGAUGAACUGGCCACCAGGUUAAUGUGGACUUUUGAGUAGAAUUUUCUUUUCGUGGACAUUAAAGUUUGUCUUUGAUGCAUGCUUACGUGCGAAACUAGCAAUUUUAUAUUCGAGCAUAAGGUAGUCAAUAUAUACCGAUAAGCAAGAAACAGACAUUAGUUUAUGAGUUUUGAGUAUAAUUGGCUUAAUGGGUUGAUCUAACCAUACACGUCUUUGCUUACUUUGAAGGAAAUUUUAGUAUUAAGUAU